GCCUGAAUGGGUUCUCAUUCCUGACUCGUGGUCUCCCUUGGGCAGACAGGAGGAAGGUCACGGCUGCCAUGGAGAGCAAGGCGAUCUGCGUCCUGGCCAUGGUAGUCGCUCUGGCCCUCAGCACCCUGGCACAGGGCCGCGAUGAGAGCUGCACUGUGGCUCCCCGCGAAAGAGCCAACUGUGGCUAUUCCGGCAUCACGCCCGCGGUGUGCAAGGCUAAAGGCUGCUGCUUCGACAACACUGUCUCUGGAGUCCCGUGGUGCUUCCGGCCCAUGUCCACCAAUAAGGCUCCAGAAGAAGAGGAGUGCCUGUUUUAGAUGCUCUUCCGGAGGGGAUCGCAUCAGGGGCUGGAGCCUCCGGACGGAAGCUCAGUGCACACCUGCCCGAGGCUGGGGUCCCUCUGUGUCUGCGUCUCAGCUCGCUGCAUGGAGGACGGCUCUGGAUCCUUGUACUCAAAAUUGGCCUAAAAAUUAAAAGAGAAUAAUGUCA